UCUAGACCAGUUGCCGUCCAGUCACCGGGUGCCUAGCAGCGAGCAACGUGCAGCUGAGCCGCCCCGCAGCCGCCUAGCAGCGGGCCCAUGGCGCAAGGGGACACGCGUCAAGCAGCGCUGUUGAACAGUGAGCGGAAGCUGGAAGAGGCCCGGCGUCAGAUCAACAGCGCCAACCGCUCAGCACUGGAGACCGAGGAGGCGGGGUUUCAGACCUUGACGGAACUAAGUCGACAAAGAGAGAGCAUCGAGCGCAUCGGAGGUCAUGUGCAGCAGAUGGAUGACAACAUCGGUGGCUCUCGCAGAGUGAUGAUCCAGAUGUAUCGCCGGGCCAUGGUGAAGAGAGCGGCCCUGUGGUGCAUGCUGAUCAUUCUUUUGGUGACCAUUGUAGUGAUUUUCUAUUUCUUGGUCCUCAAGAACGACAAGAAGUGAUGGUCUGAUCGGCCGCGCUGGUUUGAUCAGCAAGGCUGCAGCAACAAGGAAGCACCAUUUUGUUGGUUUUGUAUUUGCCGCUUGAAAUGGCAGGACUGG